UUCCAUAUAUCAGUCUACGAUUCGGACGAGUCCACUGGCCGGUUCCAUGAAAUGAUUCGCACAAUGCACGACAAGGCCCGCAACGUGGAACCUACCGGGUUUCACCACUUCUUAGCUGGUCUUGCUGAAGCCGGCCGCCUGCGUCGACAUUACAUGCAGAACAUCGACGGCAUUGACUCCCGUUCAGCGUCCUAUCGAGGCUUCAAGAAUCUGGACUUGCUCCCAAUCACAAUUCACCUACACGGCAGCCUGGACAAAAUGUUCUGUCACAAGUGCCAACGGGAGUUCACUUUCGACGUCAACUGUUUUCACGGUUCGGAGACGGUGAAGUGCGGAAACUGCAUACGGCUCGAGGAGGAACGGGACAGGAAGAGGGAAGCGCAUGGAAGACCGCCCGCUAGGAAAGCAUCACGGAUCGUCGGAGCACUACGACCGAAGGUUACCCUUUAUGAAGACGAGCACCAAUCGAUUGAUGCGAGUUACGAGCGGGCCAUCACAAAGGACUUUCGCAAAGCCCCUGAUUGCGUCAUUAUUGUAGGUACGAGAUUGCAGAUUCCCAAAGCACGGAGGCUAGCGGAGAUCCUAGCAGCGAAGAGCAAGGAUAAAGAUGGUCUUGUGAUAUAUAUUAACAAGGAACAAGCGUCUCUGGGGCCGAAGAUGGACUCUCUCAUAGAUUUUCGCUUCGAUGGAGACUGCGAUGAUUUCGCUUCCUUGAUGCAAGAGACUAGACGGUGA